ACAGCGGCGCGGCCGAUAUUAGCGUUGACUUCCGGAACAAAAUGGCGGCUGACAUCGGCUCGCGAAAGUGCCAGUUUUCAGUGAGGACACGUUUUCAAAAUCCACGAACAUCGGAAAAACCGUGAAAAAUUCACUUUUUUAGACCCCUUGUUUCCUAACUACGAUGUAUAGAAUUAAGGAUGGUGAUAUUUUUGACGCGAAAUAUGGUGAUUUAGAUGAAUUCAGACAGCGGGAUCUGAUUCGAGAGAGGGAGCUAGUAGGAAAGAAAGAUCAUGAGCGAAUGUGGGCCCUUCGAGUGAAGUUCUUGGACCAAUGUAAAAACUACUUUGGUGUACCAUAUGCUAAGCGCUACCAAACACCAGGAACUCCUGAGUAUGAUGCUCCAUUAUUCUUAGACUGCUGUGGUCUUGUCAGGAGGGUCUUGCUAGAUUUAAAAGGAGAUUUUGGUUUCAAGGUUGGUAGCUGGAACCAAGCCUACCAAUAUGAUACUCUACCUCUUACAAUCACACAACAAGAGAUGAAACCUGGUGACUUAGUCUUUAUCUCAGGCACCUACUUCAAUGAGAAAUCUAAGAAGCAGAAGCAUGAUAUGGUUCAUGUGGAAGUAUGGUUAGGUGAUGGUCCUAAAACCAUUGGAGCACGGUGGCAGAAGGGAAAAGUUCAAAUCUUUGAUUCUUAUCAAUUUGAUUCCAAGUCUUAUCACAGUAUGGUCUACCACUUCAAGUCCAUUGAUACAUGGCUGCAAGGAAUAUGUAAAAGCUACUGUGAUGAACACCCAUGGACUCGAACCAAAUAUAAACCAGGCAAGAAAUCUAUCUUCUCUAUUGAGCGAAAGCGGAAAGAAGAAGAGGAAGAUGAAUUUGAAGAAGCUGCUGAUGCUAGUGAUGCUGAUGAAGAGGAAGAAGAAGAAGAUGGCGGCCAGAUAGUAGCAGAAGCUAUGGAGAUAUUGAGGUUGGAAAUAAAUGAGAAUAAUUGUCAUGGCAUCCACGAAGAGCUGGAGAAUGAUUCACUUGAUGAUGAGUUUCCUCUUGAUGAAGAAGAGAAGAACGAGGGUGAUGAACUAUUUCAAGGAUCUUAUACUCAAGAUUGUCAUUGUGAAGAUGAGGGUGAAUCACAAACACCUGCCUCAACAAAGAUUAUGAAUCAAACUUCAGAAUCUUACACUACCUUCAAUAAUCCAAAUUCUAACAACAAUAACAGCAACCAAAGUGCUGAUUAUGGUUGCUAUGACAACAACCCAAACAACACAAAUGAAGAGGGAGGUAAAGGAAGAUCUACUUCCUGUUCUUCUGGUGAGCCAGGUGGCUCAGGUAAAGGAAGUAAGACAACCAAGGAUUUUUCAUGGUCUAGGAAGAAAGAUGGAAGGAUUGAAGAGAGAAGAGGAAGAGGAGGGGGACGUGAGAGGAGGAGCCCUGGUGAGACCAGUGGUAGGAAAUCUGUAAUGCAUCUUGAUACAUCACCAGCAUUCUAUAUUGGUGGAAAUAAUGGAGUAUCAUUAAUUGAAGGAGUAUUAUUGGCAAGAGGAUGGCAUAGAAUGACAGAGAAGCACAGCGAUCAGUUCAGGUUGAAAUGGGUAGAACUUAGAAGUAGCAUCAACUAUAACACAUUCAAACCAGGAGAACAACUAGUGAAUCGUAUCCCAAACUGUGGAGCAAUCCUAGCAACCAAGACUGGCCUCUUUAACACAUUAAGAGAGUAUGAGAGAGUAUGUGACAGGACAAGAGGUGUAGGUAGAUCUAAAUUUGGUCUCAGACUACAGGAGUUCUUCCCAGAGUCAUACAUCUUGGAUUUAAGAGCUGAUAGAGAUGCAUUCUUUGAGAUUUUCAAAGAAGGUGAGAUUUGGAUCAGCAAACCAAAUGGUAUGAACCAAGGUAAAGGGAUCUAUCUAGUGAGGGAUAUCAGUCUGCUUCAAGAGAGAUAUCGAUUACGAGAAGAAGAAGCUGCUUCUAAUAAAGUUAUGCAGAGAAGAACAAGAGUUCAAGCUGCAGGACAGAGACUUAUACAAAGGUACAUUCCAAAUCCUUUGCUACUGAAUAACAAGAAGUUUGAUGUUCGUGCGUACAUGCUGAUUGCCUGUACCAAUCCAUUUAUAGUCCUCUUUCAUAAUGGAUAUCUUCGUUUGUCAUGUGAAGACUAUGAUCCUGAGAGCACAGAUAUCACCACACAUCUUACUAACCAGUUCCAGCAGAGGAAGAAUCCUAACUAUCAAGAUAUAAAAGAAGAUACUGUAUGGAGUAUGAAUGCAUUUAAUGAUCAUGUCAAUCAACAUCUGUCAGAAGAUAAAGGUCUUCCUAAGGAUUGGGUUCUAGGAUUCUUUCAGAAACGUAUGUGUCAGAUCAUGAGUCAGUGCUUCCUUGCCUCAAAGAAUAAACUUGAUACAUCACUGGGAUAUUUUGAUCUUCUAGGAUUUGACUUUCUCCUUGAUGUUGAUAUGAAGAUUUGGUUAUUAGAGAUUAAUGUUAAUCCAGCUCUGCAUACAAACUGUGAGGUUCUCAAGGAGCUACUACCACAAGUUGUUGAAGAAACACUAGAUAUCGUCAUUGAGAUCCAAGAGAAAGUGAAACGAAAGCAUCCCAUAAUGCCACUUAGCAAGCGUUCACAUUAUCAGGUUCUGUAUGAUGAGACAUCUGGAGGUAGUGUACCUAGUAUGAGACCACCAACACGCAAGGCUAUGUCUAGCAGCUCUUCAGCCAAUGAUGGUGUGACACCCUCAAGAACAGCUCGUACUUCACUUAGCCCACAGAAAGCUAUGUUAAAAGAAAAGUCACCAAGACAAGUAGUGACUUCUUCAAGACAACCAUUGACUUCACCAAGACAAGCCAUGACUUCACCAAGACAAGUCAUGUCUUCAUCAAAACAGACAGUGACAUCACCUAGAGUAUCAUCCGCUGUACCGCCUCCUAUUGUGAUGCCGAACAGAGAACCACCAUUACUCCAUAGCAGACAGCUACCUGUUGUUAAGCUUACACUGAGAAAAAAUAUUACUCCUCUGACUCCUCCUGUUUCUCAAAUGUACCAAGAGGGCACUAUAUUAAAGAAGAGUGAUACUGAAGUGCAGGAAGCAAUGUCCCAAAUGAAUUCUAUUCACUUGUGAAUGUAGUAUAUUAAUAUCACUUUACCAUUUCUCAAUGCGACUCCAGAGGACUUUGUUACUCUGGUAUUGUAUUAACCUUUAUAUUUCAAUGAAUUCAUUCUGCCUAUUUUCUCACUUUUAGCUCUCCUGAGUGUGGCAAAUGUAGAUUCAUGUAUAUUGGCUCAUAAGUCACUGAAGCUAGUGAUGAAGUGAUGUGUAUUGGUGAGGGAACCAUACAUCUUGUUAAUUGUAAUCCUGGUUUAGAAAAAUUAGAUGGUGUCCUAUAUUAUUUGUAAAUUUGUUGGGGAGAUACCUUUGCAUGAAUUCUAUGAAGAAUGGAUGUAGCCUUAAUUAAAUUUGGUGAAUGAAAUACUGAAUCUGUGAUUCUUUUAGGUGUUGCUUUCUCAAACUG